AUGGAGUUCGCAACGCCCCUGUCAACCGAAAUUUGUCACCCAUGGACCCUAGAAGCCCGCUUGGAAGAUAAAGACCAAAUUGAGCUUUCUUGGUCUUCCUCGAAUCCUUCAACAGCACCCUCGGAUGUUGAUUCUGCAGAAAGCUACUCGACGUACCAAGAAUCUCAACCCUCCGAAAUCCCACUUACCCCGCUUGAGUGCAACGAUGAAUACUUCUCUCAUGUAAGAGAGGACGAGCCACCAGUUGUCGCCAUCAUGGGAAUUGGUUAUGUGGGACUUCGUGGGCACAAAUGAGAUUCCGAAUUUUGCAUUUUAUGAAACUGAUUUUACUGUUACAGAUCUUGUUAAAGCAUUCUCAGUUCACUAUAAAGUCAUCGCUUUUGACGUCAGUGACAAGCGACUAGCAGCUAUUGCUGAUGAAAAUUCACUUGGCUCAAACACAUCCUUGACUUCUGACACUUUCCAACUCACUACUGCCACUCAUUUUUGUUAGUGAUUGGUCUUUUAUCCUAUUUACUUACUUUAAAUAUGGCACCAAAAGUUGAAAGCAUAUACACAAUCUAACGCACUGCCUUUGGUUAUUCUUCUCUGACUAGAUUCUCUCGCUAACCACGAAAACAACUAGUGGUCGCCGUCCCCACUCCACUCAUUGCCAAUACCGCACAAAUUGAUACAUCCAUCAUCCAAAAUUCCCUCAAGACAAUUUCAGAUCACGUUCGUCCAGGCGCAACAAUCGUGGUAGAGAGUUCCGUUUCGGUCGGAAUGACCAGAAGCCUUCUGGGUAAAAUGGUGGAAACACAUAACCUCCACGCAGGCAUGAGUCCUGAGGUAAGUUUCUUAUCUUCCAUAUGAAAAAGAAACCAACAGUCUGCAGCGAGUCGACCCCGGAAGAACAGACCCAUCAUACGAGAGCAUCCCCAAAAUCAUCUCAGGACUGAAUCAAGCAUCUCUGGAAUCGAUCACGAAGCUAUACUCCCCUGUGUUCCAAAGUCUUGUUCCGGUUUCCAGCCCAGAAGUAGCGGAAAUGACCAAGCUAUACGAGAAUUGCCAGCGAAUGAUGUGUAUCGCUUAUGCCAACGAAAUGGCAGAUGCUUGCCAUGCAUUGCCGAGUCCCAUUGACCCCUUCGAAGUCUCGCGCGCAGCUGCAACAAAACCAUUUGGAUAUCUGCCUUUCAACCCAUCUGCAGGAGUUGGUGGUCACUGUAUUCCAGUGAACCCCAGCUAUCUCUUCAGUGCUGGAGACUACCCUCUUUUGAAACAUGCUACUGAAAAAAUGAAAAUGAGGCCAGCAAUGUUGGCAGAUCGCACCAUGAAAGCAUUGACAACGAGAAAUAAGAGCGCAACACCAAAGAAUGGAGAGCAAAAGUUUCAAGUUCUUGUAGUUGGCGUUGCGUUCAAACCAGGACAAGAACUCACGACAAACUCUCCAGGGCUUGGAAUCAUCAAUCACUUACUCGACAUUUGGGAUGCACACGUUGUCUACGCCGACCCUCUCGUAAAAGAACCUUCAUUAAAUUAUGUGCCUCGACUGGAUGAAAGGCGGGAAUGGAACAAGGAAAGACUUGAACAAUUUGACGUCAUUAUCGUUGUGAUGAAGCAAAAGGGACUGGAUUUUGGGGUUUUGGAGGGGCUGGAAGGGGUUCUUCUGGAGCAGCACUGUAACUAG